AUGAGCAGCACCGGUAAUAGCACCGAGCUACAAUUCUGCAAAGUGUCGAUUGUCGGAACUUCUGCUCUCAUGCACCCAGUCACCCAUCCGAAGCUGGAAAAGGACAUGAGUACAUUGACAGAGGAGGAGGUAGGUGUCAUUUUUUUAGAAGUCGCUCUAAACACACAAACAAUGGCGUCCGAUGAACAUGAAUCCGGCAGAGAAGCGCCGCCUGAUUUGCUCCGUCGUUUUUCAUUUGAUCGCGAUUGUCUGCAUCAUCUGGUCGUUAUACGUACUCGUCUAUCGCAGCCUAGAAGAGAUUCAUCUGGGCCAUUUGAUUUGGUCCUUCUGGAUGAAGUUGGUAGUUAUCUUCAUUGGGACUGUUGGUGCAGGAACAUACACCAUCUUUCAGGUAAGUUGACGCGUCUGUAUGUGACAAUUCGAUGUUAA